AUGGCCGACGCCGAUGUGCCUCUCCGCAUGCCAGGUGAAGAUUAUGUCCGUUUUUUCCAGCCAAGGGGUCUUCUGGACACUUACUAUCGGGACUUUCCACAACAAGACGAUGGGAAAGAUUUCAGACACUGGUUAAUCAAAACCCACCACCAGACGUUUUUGUCAGGUCAGUUCAAAGGACAGCGCCUUUUGGAUGUUGGCACCGGUCCAAACAUCAUCAGUGUUUUAAGCGCAAGCAAGUACUUCCCCGACAUAACGUGCUCGGAUUACUUACAGACCUGUCGUGACGAGCUAAACACGUGGUUUCAAGACGAUCCUGGUGCUUUUGAUUUUGGUUCUUACAUGCAGUACCUCAGCAAGAUGGAGGGAGGCAGUACCACACCGGAUGACAUCGCGUCCCGUCUGCGCUCAGCAGUGAAGGCUGUCCUGCCCUGUGACGUCACUCAGCCCAAUCCACUCGCACCACAAAGUUCGGAGCCUUUCGAUGUCGUUGUCUCCUCUCUCUGUGUGGACUCGGCCUGCAAGACCAAGGAAGAAUACUGCGCAUGUCUGGGAAACUUGGCUUCACUCGUGAAGUCCGGCGGGGGUCUUAUUCUUAUAGGCACCCUGAAUGGUACCAUCUACAUGGUCGGGAAGGAAAUAUUCUACAAUGUUCCUAUUGACGAAAAAUUCCUUCGCGAAAGUCUGGAGAAGUUUGGUUUUACAAACAUUAAAAUCAAACAACACUUCAACAACCUGGACGUAGAUGUAGCUGACCUGUCAGCUUUCUUCUACUUGACGGCCAGAAAGGCCUAAUUUUUGUUACCUUGUCGUAAACUUGGCAGCAGUCAGACGGGGAGGGGGGGGGUGAGGCCCGCGCCCACUUUCAUCUCAGAUAG